AUGAUGCCCGAGUUGUAUUCGCCGGGAGGAAGCAGCGUUUUUUCGGAUGGCAGCUGCUCGACCGCGCCGUACGGGAGGGGUGGCUCCUCUUCCGGUUGGUGCGGGUCUUCUUGGGACGGGAGCGAUCACGAGAGCGGGGGACAAGGGUCGGCCGACUACGAGGCCGCCGCGCAGCAGCAACGCGAGCGCGGCGGCGGGGUCGGCGGUGGUGGCGGCAUGGGGCAUGUCCCGCUGUCGUCCGUAGCAGCAGCAUCAGCAGCAGCAUCAGCAGGAGGGGGCGGAGGAGGAGGAGGAGGAGGAGGAGGCUAUAGCUCGGCGUCGAGCGGCUGCACUAGCAAGCGGGCGAAGCUGACCUCGCGGUCCCUCACCAGGCUGGGCGAUGAGCCCGCGGUGAACGGCUCCGGGGUCGGGGUCGUGGGCAGCAGCGCCGGCGCCAUGGACAUCGGCGGUGGCAGCACGAGCGACGGCCGCGCCCGCGCGCGCGACGGCUUCCUCAAGGGCCGGGGGAUGAGCCUCGACGGCGGCGGCGGCGGAAGGCGCGGCCACUUCGAACAAUCCAUGUCCCACUCCACGGAGGAGUGGCGCGCCAUGUCCAAGGCCGCGAGGGUGCUCGGGGUGGACUCGCUGGAGGAGAGGGACGUGGAGGACCAGCGCCGCGCGUCCAGCGUGAAGGCGGCUCAGAUCCUGGGCGUGGGGGUGGAGAACGUGGCCGAGCUGCAGCAGAACGCGAACGCGGCCCGAGAUCGGCACUGGGCGCCACCCCGCAGCAGCGCUUCCAAGGCGGCGCGCAUGUUGGGCGUCUCGGAUGUGGACGACCUCGAGGACGGGGAGGGGCGACGGGGGCGGAAGGCAACCACGAACAAGGACAGGCGGCUGGCGCGCUCCCGGUCCGUGUCUUCGCGGGGCGCGAGAGGGAGCUCCGGCUCCAAGGCUACUCGCGGGCAGGGCACCAUUUCCUCGCUCAUCCGCGCCCUCGAGAUCAACGGAGGCACGGCGACCGGCAGCACUAGCCAGACCGGGUCGAGCGACAACGGCAGCAGCAGCGUCGGUGACAACGGCAGCGAGGACCUGCACCAGAUCAAGAAGGGGCUGGGCAAGCAGCAGGAGACUGGGAGCAACCGGAGCACGCGGGCGACCGAGUCGUGCAGCAGCCCCGAGCUCUCCGACGACAGCCAGCUAGCUGGCUUGCAGACGCCCGGAGCCUCGUCCUCGUCCGAGGCGGGGCCGGGGGGACUCCGUGGCUUCAGCAGGCACAACCGCGACGACGAUAUGGACAUCGAGACCCCCCCGUCGCAGCCCCGCUCCGCGCCCGUGGCCUCCCUGCGGAAGGCGUCAGCGCCGCUGCUGGCCCCGUACACCCCGUCGCUGACCCCGGCUUCCUCGGCGGGGGCGGCGGUGACCGCGUCGCCGUCGCCGGACAUGGGCCCGGGCCCGUCUCCGUCCGGGUCGCCUUCUAUCCCGACGCCCCAGCGGCAGCAGCACCAGCAGCACCAGCAGCACCAGCAGGUUGCUCGGCACGCUUCGGACUUCGCCUUGAACGAGGGCGUCGAGUGGCGUUCCCCGGUGUCGGCCGUCGCGGAGAGAAAGAACGGGGCUGGUUCGAUGUCCGCGGAGAAGGGUGGUGGGCGCGUGGCGCGCGUCAGUGAGGUCCUCGACGAUUCUCCCUUGGUGGCCUCAUCUGGGAACGGCGGCCAGGGCUGGCCCAGGGAUUGGAGCGCGGCGGCCGCCGGCACCGCGGCGAUCACCGCGCCGCAUCAUCCGCACCAGCACCAGCACCAGCAACGCCGCUCCUCUUCCGCUCCAAUGGACCAACAGCGUGCCUCUCGGACGGCGAGUGCGAUGGGCCCGGUCGACUUCAGGCUACCGGACCCGGUUCCGUCUUGGGCGGAACAACGGGCCUCUGUCGGUGCUGUCAACACGGCCGCCGGAUGCAAGGAGUCGAGGCCCGAGGUGUGGCCCGAGCACAAGCAGGUAUCCCCCGUCGUCCCACAGCUCGUGAGAGGGGGGCGAGAGCUCCCGCUUCCCUCGAUGCUAGCAAGCGCUGCGGCGGCGGAGGAGAAGAUGGGCGGCAGCGGGGGCUCCGGCGACGUCGCGAGUGGUUACGGGUAUCCCCUGACCACCGUCGGCGGCAGCGACAGCUCCGGCGAGAGCGACAGCGCAUGCGACACGUUCCCGGACCAGAUGGACGAAGGGGAAGGGCCGGCAGCCUCCAGCGCCUACGAGGCGCUCGCCGCCAUGAUCCCCGUCAUCAACCCCAUGGGCAUCCCGCGGCACCAGCACGGGGCGGGAGGACCGGCGGCGACGGCCGCCGCCGCGGGGCAGCAGCACGUGAAGCUGGAGGUAGUCCAGGGCCGUGGUGGCGCGGCGGCCACGGCAUCCGCGAACGCCCCUCGCUCGAAGGUGCCAAAGCCCAAGCAUCGCCCGCGGGGCGGCGGCGGAGGCGUUGAGGUACCGACGAAGGGGGAUGUUUGGGGCGAGAACGUAUCCAGGUUCGGCGGUGGCGAUGACAGGAGUAGCGCCCUGAAGGGCAACGGGCGGAAGGUCGGCGGGGUGGGCGGGUGCGGUAGCGGCGCGAAGGUGCCCCAGGGUAGCGGCGGCGGCGUCGACGACGGGGGGAGAUCAACGUCUGCGGCCGGUGGUGGCGGGGGAGGCAUCUCGACCCCAAAGCAGCGGGAAGUGGCGACCCGUCCCCGGGAGAAGGGCAGGUUUGUGAAGCGCGCCCCGGCGUUCUUGCCGAUCUCGGCGUUUAAGCCGCCGUCGGACAGGAGCGAGGCGGACGCUGCGGCGGAGGCGGCGGAGGAGGCGCGCCGGAAGGCCGACGAGGCUGCGGAGGUUGCCGCUGCCGCCGCCGCUGCCGCCGCGAUUCAGCGGGGAUUGAACAAGGCCAACUCUUCGUCUUCAUCGUCAUCGCCGACGCCGCCGUCAUCAACGUCGACUUCCAAGAUGAUGCUGCCUCCCGCGGCUGUCGGUAGGGGCGAUAAGGCAAAGGAGCACGCCGGGUCAUGGAGCCCCGUAACCGGAGGGGGAGGGGAAGGUAACUUCGCCGGCGGCGCCGGCAGCAGCAGCGCCGGCGCCGGCAGCCACGCGUGCAGAGACGCUAGCGUGAGCAGCGACUGCGGGAGCGAGAAGUGCGGAAGCGAGGGCGGCGGCGACCUCAAGGGGAUGGCGUUCUUGCCUCCCAGCCCCAUGGACCGAAACUCCCCCGGAGGCGGCCCGGGCCUCUCCUCGGCGGCGUGGGACAGCCCCAGCCCGAGACGGAGCAACGGCGGCGGCGGUUUCAGUGGCGGCGGAAUAGGUUCCACCGCGUCUUCUACCCCGUCCUCGGGGAGGCGCGUAGGCGGCGGCGGGAAGAGUUCCGGUUCGUUCUCCCCGCGGGGGGGGGGGAGGGGGGAGGGCGGCGCGGGGCUCCUUUUCGCGCCCCAGCUUUCGGAUGUGCCGAUGUUGUCCGCGGGAAAUGGGGGGCACCGUGCGUAA